UGCAAAUCUUUAAUAAAAGGAGAAACCACGACUCAAGUUAAAAACCAAACCUUUGUUCUUCAACAAAGGUAAGAGGGUUUCCACGAGUCACUUAUUAAUACGACACACAUUCAAUUCGAGCCAGAGGGCGGCUGCUAGUCAACGUUUUGGGUCAAGUAGCUGGGCAAACCCAGAAAACCGUCUGCUGCAGACGCUCGCUUUCACAAGCGAUGGGUGCGUUCAACCUCACUCCGCUGCCAAAGUGGGAGUCAGACACCGGAAGUUCUAGCGCGCUGCGUCUCAGGCGGAAAUGUUUCAGAUGCACUGCUGUUGACGUGGUCAGCUCUAAUAACACCAGGCAGAAACCAAAGGAGUUGGCUUCACACAAACUGCGCACAAUUAAAUCACAAAAUCAAAUCAACUUUCACGUGACUUUGGUGACUAAAUGCUUUGUUAUUGUCCAUUUAAUGCUACAAAAGGGUGGCAAGGCCAGCAAUGUUGUAUGGUUUGGAAACAGUGGCACUGAGGAAAAGACAGGAAGCAGAGCUCAAGGUUCUCUCUGAGAGUGAGCGGGAUGGAUAGGAUCAGGAAGCAGUAGAUCAGAGGGACAGCACAUGUGCUCAGGUGUUUAGGAGACAAAGUCAGAGAGGCUAGAUGGAGAUGGUUUGGACAUGUACAGAGGAGAGAGAGCCAGUACAUUGGUAGGAAGAUGUUGAGGUUGGAACUGCCAGGCAGAAGGUGGAGAGGAAGGCCAAAUAGGAGGUUUAUGGAGGUGGUGAAGGAGGACAUGAGGUUUGUAGGUUUGAGAGAAGAGGAAGCAGAGGACAGGGUGAGAUGCAGGAAGAUGAUCCGCUGUGGCCACCACUGAGGGGAGAAGCUGAAAGGAAAAGAAGAAGAAGAACAAAGUAUAAGGCUGAAGAUUCUCGUGACAUAUCAUGGACGAGGACUCACCCAAAGACGGUGGGAUGGAUCACGAAUUUGGCGCAGAGAGAUACGCUGCUGAGGCUAUGGCGGCCGACAUGGACCCCUGGAUCAUCUUUGACGCUCGGAGAACUCCAAGAUCUGAGUUUGACAGCUGGCUGGAAAGCAACAGGCCCUCACAAGUGAGCAGAUUUGGAAAUACAGAGAGCAGCCAGGCUCCGGUUGGGUGGAUCGCCGUCCUCGGGCCGAACCACGGCAGCGUUGAUGGGGAUGUGAGCGGGCUCCAGGAGAGCUGGGAGAAACUGCUGGACAGUGGGCGGCCAGUCAGCUUCCAGAAUAUAAAGGAGCUCGCCCUCAAUCACGGUGUGCUCGCCGGCAAGUGGCUGAUGCACCUGGAUACUGGCUUCAAAGUGGACCGAGCCUGGGAGUGUGUGGCCCGAGCGACUGUGGAAGGUAAGAUCUCCUCUGCCAAAGUCAGCCCCUGUGAUCCAAGCAACAAUGAGCGCCAUGUCAUCUGCGUCUACAACAACAACUUCACUGAUGAGGGUGAAGUGAUCAGACUGGACUCCUACAUUCGCGCCUCAGGAGUCAAGUGUCCUCUCGCGUACAAGCCAGACGUGUACACAUACCUUGGAAUCUACCGGAAUAACCGCUGGAAGCUUUGCCCGACCAUAUAUGAGAGCAAAUUCAACCUGGAGUGUGUUCCGCGCCGCUCACUCAUCAUCAACAAAGUCACCAAUUUGGAAGUGACCUAAGCACACGGUGCAUUCAGGAAAUGUUCUGUUGAAUGACUGGAAUUCGUAAAGAAAAAAAACAACAUUUCUGUUCUUUAAGUUCACCUAGUUGGACAUGGCACUUCAGAUUUUGUUUGUACUAACACAAGAUGGAAAUGGACGCGCAGAAUAGUACUUUGCUUUGAUACUUUGAUAUUUGAUUGUCAUUUCUAGGUCACGCUGCCAAAUAAAGUUUGAAUGGGUCCCAUUCCUAAAAUUGACUUGUAGUGUGACUGCUGCAGGUCUUCUCCAUAUGAACUCCCAUCUCCCCGAGUGUUGGUCAUCCAUUGAAGCGGUAUCAUUGUUCCCCCAACCUGAGAGAAGAAAUGUGAUGUGACCUUGGGUGCCUCCUUUUCGAGGUCAUCUGGGUAUUUACAAAUUUUUUCAAGUAGGAGUCUGGUUUGGGCCAUGCAUAGGCUAACAUUGUCUAACCUGAAACCAGCAGAGCCCAGCGACAAUUCUAUGAGGAGUGUGUGGGUAUGUGGAAAUCAAACACAGAUUAGUUAGAAACACUUUAUUUUUCUGAACUGAGUGGUAAUAAAAGACAAGUGCUGGCGAUAAUCCUCAUCAGACACUAUAUGUACAACAGGAAGAGCUCAGAGUGGGCAGGAAAGAGUGCUCUCAACAUCUCAUAGUAACUGUUGAGGAAACACGGGGCGCAUAUUUCCAAACGGAGGAAACAGGAAAAAAAUACCUGCUUUGGCACAUUACUCUUCUAUACAAGAGUACAAUCUUGUACUGCGAAUGGAGAGGACCAGGGCACAUGGUGCAAUGAAAGCAGUAGUGCGCCAGCCUUUCUUUUGUCCUCUGAAUAAGGAUUACUGCAUCGCAACAAAUGAAACUUGAGUUGAUCUUAUUGGAAAUAUCAACACAUUCUCGUUGAUAACAAUAUAGAAAUACAUUUCUGUUAAUUAUGCACUCGGGCACUCAAUCUCUCGUUCUCACUCACUCGUCUCACACAACACCAAAAUAAAACUGGCUGAACACAACUGAAGGACAUAAGGACGCAGACAUAAGGAACGGAACAAAGUUCAACAGUGUGCCUUCUUUGCCAUCGUGGGGCUGCCCUCGUGGCCCACCGCUCACCACCUUGACUAACAGAUUUUCAGCCGGAAACCCUGGAUGUACAUAAUAGACAUAUUUUUGGCAUAUAUUUGGCAGGCACUUUAAUCCUGGGUGAGAGGUGGUCAUUGAUCUCACUCAACCUGGAAACCUUCAGUUGGUGAGGAAAUUCAAUGUAAAGCCUGGUUUGGCCUGGGCAGUUAGCCAAGGGCAAACCAAAUCAGAGCAAAUAUAUGGAGCUGAUACUUGACAAACUAUCAUAAUACUAUCUAUCACGACUGUAAAGUUAAUUCAUGACAUCUGUUCUGACAUGGAGGGAGCAAGGGCAGCGUGUCGACAAUGAAAAUUCUAGCAGGUCAUUGUCAUGAUUUAAGAAUCUGGGACAGAAAGUCAACUGAUGAAAAAAGCAGUUAGUCGAAAUGCACACAAAGAAGCUCUUCAGCACUGUGCUGGAGAGUCUGGCCCACUUUGAGAACUUCAAAAAACUUCAUUUUGUGUCAGUGAGACAGUCGCUUGUGUUGUAACCAUGAAUU